AUGGCUCCGACUCAGGACAUUGUGAAGGAUGAAAAAUCGGUCGUCGAGAUGGAGCUAGGCGCCACAAAGAACUCAUCUGGGGAUGAGGCUACCCCAGUCACUUCCGCAUACGCAAGCUUCACACGGGCAGCUUUGGUGCGGAAGUUGUGGCGACUCUAUCUCACCGGCUUGAUGGUGUCUCUUGGGGGGGUGUACGCCGGCUAUUGCAACUCCGUGAUAGGCAGCAUUGUCGCAAAUAAAGGCUUCAUUCAGGCCUUCGCGACGGUGCAUGACCCUAAGACCAACGAACUUGUCCUCGAUGCGCAACAUGUGUCCAUCUGGGCUGCAGUGAACUAUGCAUCGCAAAUCACUUUCCAAUUCAUCUCACCUUUCACUGCCGAUCGUUUUGGUCGCAAGUUCAACAUGUGGGGGUUUACAUUCUUUCUAACACUGUCUAUCGUGCUUGCGAUCGUGGCGCAAAACUAUGUCGUACUUGCGCUCUCUCGUGUUGCAGGGGGAUGUGCCAGUGGCCUGAUCUCAACGUCCUGCAUGGUCUACAUGUCCGAGAUCGCAUUGCCGCAAUUCCGUGGCGCCAUGCUGGGUGCCUUUUCUCUUGCCUUCGCCCUUGGCCAGGUGUUUUUAGCCAUUGGCUUAAAGACGCUUGAUGUCACAGCCCCAUUGCAUUUUCGCCGCAUAUUUUACUCAGAGUUUGUUUUUUUUGGACUCUGGCUGAUACCCGUGAUUUACCUUCCCGAGACGCCAGCAUGGUAUGCUACUAAAGGAAGACAUGAAGAAGGGAAGAAAGCAUUGCGCCGGUUGGUUGGCAAUGUGGAAGGGUACGACCUCGAUCGCGAGUAUGGUGUUGUCAGAUUCGAAGCAGAAAAUUCGGGUGCCCUUGCCAGAUCCCAUAGUAACUCCGAUUGGAAAGCACUAUUCACCAAGAACAAUAUUAAACGCAUCAUCGUGGCAACACUGCCCUUUACUUUUCAGAAUUUUGUUGGCGUCGCCCUUAUUUUUGGAUUUACCACCUACUUCUUCCAACUCGCAAACCUUUCGGAUCCGUUCCUCGGAAAACUCAUCAUCCAACUCAUCCUCGUUUCCGGACUUAUCGUCUCGUUCUACUUUGUUGACAAGGUUGGUCGACGAAGGCUAGUGGUUUGGGGUGGGUUCAUCCUCGGUAUUGUUUGUUUUAUAGUUGGCGGCCUGGGCUUCAAAGAGCAAACAAGGGCCUCGGGCAUAGGGUUGAUAACACUCUGCGCAUUUUGGGCAUUUAUCUAUGCCAAUUCCUUGGGCCCUAUUGGCUGGAUUUCUCUUGUUGAAGUAUCAAGUCCCCGUCUUCGAGCGAAGACAACGGCAUGCGCUGCCAUCCUACAGGCUUGUACGGGGCUUAUUUUCUCAUACACAGUGCCACUGAUGCUCUCAAAUCAAGGUGCGGGAUGGGGACAGAAGAUCGGGUUAUUCUUCGGCUCAAUCACCUUCAUAUAUCUGAUACCUGUCUUUUUCUUGUACCCCGAAACCAAGAAUCGCACAUACGAAGAGCUGGACGAGUUGUUUGAACGUGGCGUUCCUGCAUGGAAGUUUGAAAAAACAAAAACAAGACACCAGGCGGCACUUGGGUCCGAAAGAGCCAGCGAGCCAUGA